GUAAGUGUUGAGCAAAGGUAUUUUUUGUUAGCUGUGCCCAAAAUCCGUACUCAGUUUUUUCUUUCCUUCGUUCUCCAGGGAAAGAUUGCUUCACUCAAUUUCAAAAUGUCGGGUGUUACGCAGACAAAAAAAUCAGUCCUCGUCCGAUUCCAGAACUUAUUUUUACCGAUAUGGACAUAAAAUCACCAAAAUACAGCGGUAAGAAAGCGCAGUUAGGGAAAUUGCACACCUACAUUGAUGAUGUUCUCUGUCGGUGCGCUGAGCGUGCCCAGGAGCUUGGUUAUGAGUACUUUGGAGUGCAGAAUCACGGUGAGUGUUUCUCGGGAGACAAUGUCGAGCAAAGCUACUACAAAGAUGGUUCAUCAAAGCAGUGUAUCACAAGAGACUUCCAGCAGUGCCCAGAAAUAAAACCUGGUAGUAAAGAGUCUCAGCGAGGCUGUAUCGGAGUGCAAGGUUCUAACUAUGUUUACCACGUCGGAAAUUUGACGAAAGAAGGGAAAAUAGACGCCGAGAAAGUACAUCUGGGAAAUUGAUAGGAAUUUCGAUUAUGUAGUAGUCGACUCCAAGAGCAUUCAUUUGGGAUAUCUGGAAGCAUCCCCAGUUUCACCCAAUAGUUUGGCGCUGUUUAGUAGAACUUAAAUCAAUAUUUUUGGAACUUUACAGUCUGUGCAAAUUUCCUGUCUAUACAUUCAUAGCAUUCAGAGUUUCUCUUUCUAAUUAACUUAGAGUCAAAUCACCUCACACCCAAUGGCACGCCAAGUGAACCUAUCCUGGAAUUUAACCAAUUAUUUUCACGCGUCUUUCAAGGCGCUGUCAGUGAGAUGUAACAAAGACCCUCACUAGACCCAAAGUCCACAGAAUUUAUCUGAACUAUCGAUUAAAAUUUUUUGUUGGCACGGUCGCUCGCAUGGAUCACCACCCCAAAAUUCACUCGAGAGUGAAUUGCUCCAACUCUAAAAUCACCCGACAGGCGCUUAGCUGAGCAGACGUGAUCAUUGUUUGGGUAAAUUCUAUACAAAUGUGAGAUCCAUAAUCGUAUUUGUUACAAAUGUUUUGUACCAGGUCUAUUCAUCCAGUUUAGUUUAAUUUUUUAUUUUUUGAGCUGUACAGAUUGACAACUGGGAAUUUGUUUUCAUUGUCUCUCUGGACAACCAGC